UACUCUGUUAAUAAUUUUAAUACAAAAAAGUAUGUGCAGGCAAAAUUAGGUCACACAGCACAGAAAAAUUGAAGAUGGCAAUGGAGAUGAGGAGAAUUUUUCUGCGGAAAUGUAAUGGUAUUUGCUCUAUCUCUUCGUUUCAUAUAUUACAUUCUUAUUCUUCUUCACAGCGUAGUGAAGUAAAGGGUAGAGUUGGGUUAAGUAGUAGUAGCAAUUUUGAGUGUUUAGAUGAUGCUGUUACUCUCUUCCAUCAAAUGGUUACAAUGAAGCCUCUUCCUUCAGUUGUCGAUUUCUCUAAGUUUUUUAAGAAUAUGAUAAGUAUGAAGCAUUACUCUGCUGUCAUUUCUCUUUUUCGACAAAUGCAGAAAUUGGGUAUCCAAAUUGAUGGAGUCAUUUUGACUAGUGUGAUUAACAGUUAUUGCUUCAUGCAUCGUGCUGAUUGUGGAUUUUGGGUGUUAUCAAUUUACUUAAAGAGUGGUUUUGCAUUUGAUGUUGUCAUCUUUACAACCCUAAUAAGGGGAUUCUUUGCUGAAAACAAGGUUAAAGAUGCUGUUGAAUUGUUCAAAAAAUUGGUUACAGAGAAGAUUUGUGAGCCUGAUGAAGUCAUGUAUGCAACCGUCAUGAAUGGACUCAGUAAAAGGGGUCAUACUCAAAAAACUUUAAGUUUGCUACGGUUAAUGGAACAAGGGAACACUAAACCAAAAACAAUUAACUACAAUAUCGUAAUAGAUGCCCUAUGCAAAGAUGGGAACUCAGAUACUGCUAUCAACUUUUUGAAUGAGAUGAAGCAAAAAGGCAUUCAUCCAGACAUACCAACGUAUAAUUCAUUGAUUGAUAGUUUGUGUAAGCUCGGUCAGUGGGAAAAGGUUAAAACUUUGUUCUCGGAGAUGGUGAACCUUAAUAUGUAUCCAGAUGUGCGCACCUUCAACAUACUAACAGAUGGACUAUGCAAAGAAGGGAAAGUUGAAGAUGCCGAAGAAGUAAUAAAACAAAUGGUUGAAAAGGGUGUCGAGCCUAAUGUAAUCACCUACAAUGUGAUAAUGGAUGGAUAUUGUUUGCGUGGUCAAUUAGGUAAAGCGAGGAGAAUUUUUGAUAUCUUGAUAGAUAAGGGCAUUGAGCCUACCAUUUUUAGCUAUAACAUACUAAUAAAUGGAUAUUGUAAGAAAAAGAAAAUUGACAAGGCCAUGCAAUUGUUUUGUGAAAUUUCUCAAAAGGGAUUAAAGCCUAAUAUUGUUAGCUACAAUACUAUCUUGCAAGGUCUGUUUGAAGUUGGAAGAAUUGGUGUUGCAAAACAAUUGUUUGUUGGGAUGGUAUCUACUGGGCCGGUACCUAAUUUAUCCACUCAUAACACUUUGCUUGAUGGUUAUUUUAAGUACGGACUUGUUGAAGAAGCUAUGUCACUCUUUAAUAAGUUGGAAAGAAAGACAGAAAAUAUUGAUAUUAUAUCUUACAAUAUUAUCAUUAAUGGGUUGUGUAAAAACGGUAAACUCGAUGAAGCUUGUGCUAUUUUUGAGAAGCUUUCUUUAAUGGGAUUGAUUCUGAAUGUGAGAACAUACAAUACAAUGAUAACUGGAUUUUGUCUACAAGGGUUGUUAGAUGAAGCUAAAGAUAUGCUUAGAAAAAUGGAGGGGGACAAUUGUCUUCCAAACAAUGUCACUUACAAUGUUAUUGUGCAAGGGUAUCUUAGGUGUAGGAAAAUAAAUGAAAUGGUAACUUUUAUGAAUGAAAUGACUGGGAGGGGCUUCUCAUUUGACGCAACUACAGCUAAGUUACUGGUAAAGGAAAUAAGUGAGAAUACUUCCAUCCUUGAGAUGAUACCAAAGCUCCACACGGAAAAGAAGAAGUGAAAAUUGCUAUCGCUUGGUUUUUUCGGCUAUGUUUUAAGCUUUGAUACAGUUUUGUUUAUCACCUCAAAUGAAAUUGAAUCCAAUGCAAUUGUGGAAGAUGAAAUAUGGCAAUGAAAAUGUUGCUUUGGCUUUCGGGCUGGCUUAUCGAGGAGGUUCAUCACGGUCACGCCAGAAGCUGAAGUUCUGAAAGCGAAGCAGCUGAUGAUAGGUGCUAGAUUACAUUGAAGAUAGCGGUCUUGAGGAGAUUGCACAAGGAAGUUCAAGAGCUUUAGGGUGUUUCUUUCUGGUCCAUUUGCUCCAGGACCGAAUGUAUCCUUGAUGAAGCAAGACCUUAUAGCUGUCUCAGUGGGCUUCCCUAAGCUUCAGUCAGUUUUAUACUUCUACCGCCAAAUGACAAAUGAUGCCUUGGUUACUAUUGCAAGGAACCAUUGUAAUAUGAUCCAAUUUCGUUUGUGUGUAUUAUCAAACCUCAAACUCAUGUAACCCUUGAAGCACUUGAUGCUGGUUUUUGGGGCCAUUGUUCAACACUGCAAGGAAUUCCAGCAACUCUCUCUUUCUGGCCUCCUUACGGACCUUAUGUUUGAGUACAUCAGGGUCCAUGCUAGAAGUUAGAGAUGCUUUCCUUAGCUUUUCUGGGGGAUAAGCAUCUAUGCCUCCACUACGUGCUCUCUGGCUGUGAUAGCCUCGGCAAGUUGGAGAUUAGAGACUGCCCCUUUGGCGAUGAGGCUCUGUUAUCCAACGGUGCAAAGCUGGAGACAGUGUAAUCCCUUUGGAUGUCUAAAUUGUUCAGUAUGUAUCCUUCUAGCUCAGAAGUUGCCAGGGAUUAAUUUUGAAGUUUUAGACGGGAGGGUAAUCCGGACACGAGACAAGAAAAUUUCCCUGUGCAUCCUCUAGUAACUUGUUCUUCUGGUGAAAUGGUGUUGUCAUGUACUUCUGAGCAUCUAUAGUUGAACUCUAAUUGUAAUUCUCUAUGAAGAAUAAUGUGAACUAAGCCAUUCAUUUAUAUAUCUCAAGUGCAUAUCAUGACUUUGCAACAUGAUGCAAAUGAAAUCCCAUUGGU